UGGGCGCAUGUGGAAGGGACUGCAAAAGCAAAACACUCGUCGAUUUGAGUCUUGAGCAGCCGCAAACGGAGUGAAGAACGAAAGAAGAAUCACCACGAGAAUCAGCAGCCCAACAACCACCAGAAGAACUACAUAGGAGACGAGAGGGGGACGAAGAACUAAAAGAACAAGAAGAAAAUAGCUCCACACACUCACUUACGUAUCGUAGUGAUCAAUACUCUCAAUCAUACUUUGAGGGCUCCAAAGACGAGGGCGACCGAGAGAAAUGGUGGACAGAUAAAGGUGUGAUCAUUGCCGUCUUUGGGGGUCUGGUCUGGUUGGAGCCCAACGAAAGUGCAUCAUCAGGCUUGUUUGAGUCAGCAUUGAGAAACAAGUACCUACAUACGUACGUACGAAAGCACGAACGAACAAACGAACGAACGCGAAGAACCGAAUGAACGAACGAACGGACCCACACACGUUCUCCACAUAUCCGCACACGUUCUCGCUGAUAGUGAUUUUGUAUGACGAGAGAGGAAUAUAUGUCUGAAAGCCAGCAGAAGAUUCAUUAUUGAACAUCUUCUCCUCCCUCUUCCCCUUCCAACAACUUCAAACGUGCUCCUUUCAUACUACUUACUAUUCCUCCUCCUCCCAGUACUACCCAAGAACUACUUCACUACUACGUAGACUACUACUAGAACUAGUACAACUUUGAAUGUUGUAUGUGAGCCAGGAACUUGAGAACACCCUCUUUGGGUGCGCAAACCGAACGAAUAGAGGGUAAACGUGCAUGCCAAGCCUCCGUCCCGUCGUGGUGGGCACGGACUUGAAAGCCCUGGCUCGCUCUUCCCGAGCUUUUUGGCCCAUCCGAAACAAGACUAUCCGAAGGAACAUCCGAUCUGUCUGAAGGUGAACAACAACAAGAAAAAGAUGUGAGUGAGUGCAACAGUCUGGCGAAUAAGGAAAUUGUAGCUAGAGCAUCAUCACGAUACAUUCUGUUCAGAAUUCUACCGAGGCAGUGGCAAAAGGCCGGCAACGAACCCGAAGAACUUUUGUGGUGGUCUAGGGUUCAGAUUGGUGGACAAGUGCAAGAGUGAGUGAUACAGCGUACACACUACGUCCAACGUCCAAGUUUGAACAAGAACCAAGAAGAGAGAGGAUUGGUCGUACUUUGCCAAGGCCAACAAGCCUUCAUACAUCCCUCCAAUCCUCGUCGCUCUUCAAAUUCACGGUUGGAUGAGUUUGGAUUUAGAUCACCCACCGUUCUUGCGUUUGGCGGCCUCCAAGACUGGAUGAUUUCUCUUGGCAGAUCUGCUAGUGGGAUCCAGGAUCGAACUCUCAUCACGACCCACACAGCCUUCUCCCCAAUAGAGGACACGGACCUAGGUUUCCUUUUCUUCAAUCCUCCCAAGGUUAACCCUUGGCUGUGGCAGCCUUGUCACCACUGCUACCACUUUCACUACCAAGCAAUAACGUCAGAUUGGAGCUCGAAAAAAAGUGCCUUGAAGCAGGAGAGCCGUCCCCAAGGGUGAUACGUAGCAAUUCCAGAAAACGAGUUUGUUGAAAAUCCGUUUUCCAAUUACUCUCCUUCCUUCCUGUGUCCUGGGAUCGAGAAAGAAGGCUGUUCGGAGCACUGAAAAGAAGGCCAGACCAAAGGCAUGGCGACGAGAUCAGUUCUUCGAUGGUGAUCACUAUCAUCGUCAUCAUCAUCAUCAUCCGCUUGCUCUUCGUUUCCAUCGACGGCAGAAGCUCCCUCGCUGGAUUGGGCGAAUCCGCGUGUCUUUUCCAUCCCCUCGUUUGCUACUGUCAUUCGAUCAAAAAAAUUGAUAACACCCAGCCAAGAGAGACACAGACAGAGGCAGAGACAGAGAGGAGCGAAAUCUUGGGCCAUAUAUCGUAGAAAUUGCUACUCCCCUUCGGAAGAAGCGGAAGGAAGCGAAAAAAGAGAGAGUGAUUUCUAAUCCAAUUCCCCACUUCUCUUCCGAACGGUUAGGCACCCUCAACCUGGACCGUUUUCUCGCAAGUCUAACACGAAGAGGCACUCACUAAACAGCUUCCUCGAGCCAGCAGAACCAGCAAAGCCGGCAGCACUAAAGAAGCAGCUCUUUUACAUUUUCUUCCCCUUUAUUUCUUCUGCCUCUUCUUGCGUCUAUUCUUUUGCACCCCCUUCAGCCCGAGUUCUUUUUGAAGCAACCAAGAAAGUAAGCCUGCCAGCCAACAACCGAGACGAGGAGAACCAUCGCGUUAUUCUGCGUGAAGAGUUCCCCCGUGGUUCCUUUUCGGUCUCAUUACUAAAAGUCAAGCCUGUGUUCGUUCCACUUUUCCGUGCCGUAAAUGCCAGGAACAAAAAUGCAAGUGUUCCUCAUGCUCUUCAAGGAUCCCGUCAAUGGCAACACAAAUGUCCUCAAUAAAAGAGCCAAAUUCGACCGCCAGUUCCACACCACAGUGACGGACGAAGACCGCCGAGAUUAUGAAAUCCUGGCCUUAAGGUCGAUGUGCUCGAUCUUCGUGACAAGUCAGUGACUAUUAUUCGAUUAUUCGUGAAGGCCACAGUAAGAUUCGCUUCUAGAUUUCAAGCUCCAAUAAUCGGCAAUAAAUAAAAACGGAACGGCGACGGACAGAGGAGAUCCAUCAACGGGUGAUGAAGGAGACGAGCAGAUUAUUUGGAUCAAUCAUUUCCGCGUGGCAGUGUUGAAAUAGGUGGAGCAAUCCACAGUCUAGGGUACAGCAGAACGACGCGUUGAAAGAAUACAGCCAUAUUCAACUCAGCAUAUUGUGUCCAAUGUAUGCCUCCUUAUUGCCAUUCCAAGACCCUUGGGGUCACCCAGUCCGAUAACACGUGGUUGCAGCGCUCUCUCUCGCUCCCUCUCUCUCUCUCUCUCUCUCUCAACAAGGGAAUGAAUUCCGUUUUUGAUGGUGAUCGGUAAUACAGACACAGUGAGAGUGAUUCUUGACUGCCUUCAGGACCAGUGUUAUAAUAUCGCCCAAUCAACGUUCAUCAUUGUCGUGCCAGAUUGUGCCUUAACCUUUAUCGACGAUCCUGUCGUCGUGGACAGCGCCGAGAUGAACAGCAACGGCCAGUCCACGGCCUCCACACCCCGUACGGGUAGUGGAGGCGUGGCUCAGGCGGCCAAUCUCGUGGGGCAAAACCUCAAUCAUAAUGAUUUGGGCGGCAGCACCACCACCGGGGGCUUCAGUGAUGAGCUGGAUGAUCCCAAUGCGCCCAUCAAUCAGGAUUUCAUGGUCAGCUUAUUGGUGGAUGCACGGGGAGGCGCCAUGCAUGGAUGCAGAUACAGUGGAGUGAAGGUGACCAUUCCACCACGAACUGCUCCGCAGCCGAUGCGAAUCACGUGUAGAUAUGUCAGAACCGAAAAUUUGCUCUAUCCACCCACUUUAAACGAGGGAGAAGGCCUGGCCUCACGUGUCCUUCAAAUGGGUCCAGUGGGCUCUCGCUUUCUUGGGCCUGUGCUUAUUGAGGUACCUCAUGUGGCCUCUCUACGCCAUGGUGAACGAGAGACCGCUAUACUUCGCUGUGAUUCCGCCUCCAGAGGCAAAUGGGUGGAGCACCCUCAAGAAGACUUCAUGGAAAAAAUCCUGAAGGAGUCCUUGGCUGAGGAGUCGUUUUCGACGUCCGGAGGUCAAUCUUCCCCUGUCUCUUCACCUUCCAGGGUGGUCCAGGAAACCGUCAUGCCACAACAAAUCGUCCGAAUAGUCGCCUCAGAUUUUCCCCAAUACUUUGCCGUCAUCUCCAGAGUCCGACAAGAUAUCAGACAAGUCGGUCCAGAGGGAGCCGUUCUUUCAGCUGCACUCUGCCCAAGGGCACGAGUUCAAAUCCCGCCAAAAGCCUUAACAAAAGAAACAGACAUUGGCAUCAGUGCUCAGAGAAUAGAAGAUGACAUCGUUGAGGAGAUUCUUGUGCAAGGGGGAGCGGUCAGUCCCAUCGUAACGCUCGAACCCCGACGGCGAAAGUUCCACAAAGCCAUCACUGUCAAUAUGCCCCUCCCUGAACGGUCACUUCGGACAUUGAGAAAUGGCCUUGAAGACACUUCCACAUCAGCUGGGAGCUCGCGCAAGACGAGUUCCGAAAGCCUGAAUAAGCUCAAAGGAAUAUCCUCACUCACUCCGCCCCCUCCAGCCAUUGUGCCAGAUUCUCAAAUUGAAACCUCUCUCAAGUUGGUGUGUUCCAUGUCAGCCAAUAUGCAUCGGUCAUGCUGGGAGGAUGUGACAAUGGAAACGCCUCUCUCUUUUGCCAAUGGAUGUGUCCAGUUCACAUCCAUCAUUUCCGCCUCCUUCUGGUUGAUCAACUGUCCAAAUUGGAUGAGCCAGGAUGCCAUGACUUUGGUGGACCAACUCUACAAGGGGAACAUGCGUGUUCCAUACAUAGCUCGAUUCUUCAUUUUUGCUCGCCGACAUUCUUCGGAUGAGGUCCAAGUUCGAAUUCUGUGCCUGACCGAGCCUCACAAAGAGGACGUCACUCUUGAGGCUCAAGAGGAGUUUCGUGAGCUGUGCAAAAGUGAUUUUGUAGAAAUCUAUCAGAAAGCCGAGAUCGGGGUGAAGUUUGGCGGCAAUAUCGUUUUUAGUGAUACCGACGAUGGCCACCACACCAGUCCCGAAGACCGGCGUCUCCGAUUCCGGCCGUUUUUCGAAGGUCGUGAAUCGUACCUCGUGAAGCGAAGGAACAAUAAGAAUCCUUACCCAAAGGGUAAAGUGACUCUUUAUACAGGGGUGGAUAACUUGCUCUAUGAGGCCAAGAUUGACCUCACCAAGUUCUUGUAGACACAACAAGGUUUGGUCACUCAUCCAAUGCCAUAUCAAGAGUCUGACCGCUCCUUGAAUAAAUGUCAAUGCUCGGAAGAUUGCUGAUACACUCCGUUCACCGAUUUCGAGAUUCUUGCCAUCCUGACAACAGAUACCAAUUUGAAGAUGAAUCAAACUCAAUCUAGGAGACCAUGUGUAAUUAUGCUGAACUAGAAUUGCCGGAAAGCACCCAAAUAUUGAAUUGAGUUCAGUGAUUCUAUAAUCAAUGACGAAAAUAUACAAUGACAAAUCAU